CAGCUGAACACGUGCUGAGCGCUGGAGCCCGUGGUGGCCAGCUUGUGGGCAGAUUGCUGGACCCAGACCAGCCUCUGGCGACUUACCCUGCCCUGCAAAGAAAGAGUACAAGAAGCACAGCUGGCACUUUGAGGAGGUGAGCCUCGGGCUGCCCUUGCAGAGCCACGAUGGAGAAAAAGGAUCAAGAGAGGAGCGGGGAGCUGACACUGGUCCUCGCUCUGGCCACGCUGAUUGCUGCCUUUGGCUCAUCCUUCCAAUAUGGGUACAAUGUGGCUGCCGUCAACUCUCCCUCAGAGUUCAUGCAGCAGUUUUACAAUGACACCUACUAUGACAGAAAUGAGCAGACGAUCGAGUCCUUCACCCUGACGCUGCUGUGGUCCCUCACAGUGUCCAUGUUCCCCUUCGGGGGCUUCAUCGGCUCUCUCAUGGUUGGAGCCUUGGUGAAUAAACUGGGCAGAAAAGGGGCCCUACUGUUCAACAACAUAUUCUCCAUCCUGCCGGCCAUCUUAAUGGGGUGCAGCCAAAUUGCCCAAUCGUUUGAGCUAAUAAUUGUUUCCAGACUUCUGGUUGGAAUAUGCGCAGGUAUCUCUUCCAAUGUGGUCCCUAUGUACUUAGGGGAGCUGGCCCCGAAAAACCUGCGAGGGGCUCUGGGAGUGGUCCCACAGCUCUUCAUCACUGUUGGCAUCCUUGUGGCCCAGCUGUUCGGCUUUCGGAGUUUCUUGGCAAACGAGGAUGGCUGGCCAAUUCUCCUGGGUCUGACUGGAGUCCCCGCAGGCCUUCAGCUCCUCCUCCUCCCCUUCUUUCCCGAGAGCCCCCGCUACCUCCUGAUUCAGAAGAAAAAUGAAUUCGCUGCUGAGAGAGCCCUGCAGAGUCUCCGAGGCUGGGAGGAUGUGCACCUAGAGAUGGAGGAGAUCCGGAAGGAGGAUGAGGCCGAGAGGGCGGCGGGCUUCAUCUCUGUGUGGAAGCUGUUCACUAUGCAGUCCCUGCGUUGGCAACUCAUCUCCAUGAUUGUCCUCAUGGCUGGCCAGCAGCUGUCAGGAGUGAAUGCGAUCUACUACUAUGCUGACCAGAUCUACCUCAGCGCGGGUGUGAAAAGCAACGACGUCCAGUAUGUGACAGCUGGAACAGGGGCCGUCAACGUGAUCAUGACCAUCCUCACGAUCUUUGUGGUAGAGCUUUGGGGACGGCGAUUCCUACUUCUCAUCGGCUUCUCCACCUGCCUCAUAGCCUGCAUAGUGCUGACAGCCGCACUGGCGCUGCAGAACACCGUCUCCUGGAUGCCCUACAUCAGCAUUGUCUGUGUCAUUGUCUACGUCAUAGGACAUGCCCUGGGGCCCAGUCCCAUCCCUGCCCUGUUCAUCACUGAGAUCUUCCUGCAGUCCUCCCGGCCAGCCGCCUACAUGAUUGGAGGCAGUGUCCACUGGCUCUCUAACUUCACCGUGGGGCUCAUCUUCCCAUUCAUUCAAGUGGGCCUUGGUCCCUACAGCUUCAUCAUCUUUGCAACCAUAUGUCUCCUCACCACCAUCUACAUCUUCAUGAUCGUCCCAGAGACCAAGGGCAAGACAUUCGUUGAGAUCAACCAGAUUUUUGCCAAGAAGAACAAGGUGUCGGAUGUACAUCCGGAGAAGGGGGAGGAGCUUAAGGACCUCUCACAGCAGUAGCAGAGCCAGGCCACCAGCCAGCACGGCCAGCCUGCGUGGACCUCCUGUCUAGACUUUGGUUUUGGAUUCUUGUCUGUGACACUGGAAGGGAGAUGAGCCCGGUGGGAAUGUCAGCCCUGUCACCUGCCCCCACUCAGUGGGAACAUCUGACCAGCUCGUGAGCUUCUCUUGGUCACGUGCAAAGCCAUCCCUCACCUUUGCGGGGUUGACUCCGGUGAAGGUCUUCCAACAUCGCUUUUCUAACAAGAGUCACACUACAAGACCAGAUGUGAGGAUGAUCGUAUUUUACCAGCAAAACUGACUCUCGUGUGGUACCUGUGGGCCCAGAGAGGCCCCUGGCAUCUACUUGGGAUUGAUGUUGUCCCCUUUCCUUAUCCAGCCAUGUCACAAAGCUGGAGAACAGACUGUUUGGGAAGACACACUGAGCAUGAAUUAUUAACCGUAAACGAUACAAUUCUGUAUAGCCAAUAAAACGGAUCUGAUCAUUUCUCUCCAA